AUGGAGUUUUUCAAAUCUGUCCGCUUGCAUGUAUACAUCCGGUUCGGUUUGUGGGAUGCUAUAAAAGCUCACGAGCUUCCUGAAGACCAAGAACUUUAUUGCGUAACGACAACCUUCGCUCACUAUGCCAAGGGUCUGGCUUGGGCUGUGUCUGGACACCUAGACAAAGCCGACAAGGAACGGACGCUGUAUCAGGCCGUCGCUGCCCGCAUUCCACCGUCCCGGAAAGAUUUCCUGAACACAAUCAGUGAUCAGCUCAGGAUAGCCACUGUUAUGCUGGACGGCGAGAUCGAAUAUCGCAGAGAGAGCUAUUCCGUUGCAUUCAAACACCUGAGAGACGCGAUCCACCACGACGACACACUCUUAUAA